AUGACAGGUGAAGUUCUUGAGACAAUCUCUAGUGGAUCAGGAUUUGCUCAGAGCUCAUCAACUCUGGAUCAUGAUGAAUCUCUCAUCAACCCUCCUCUUGUUAAGAAGAAGAGAAAUCUCCCUGGAAAUCCUGAUCCGGAAGCCGAAGUCAUAGCUUUAUCACCCAAGACCUUGAUGGCUACGAAUCGGUUCCUAUGCGAGAUCUGUGGCAAAGGUUUCCAAAGAGACCAAAACUUACAGCUUCAUCGCCGAGGACACAAUCUUCCAUGGAAGCUAAAGCAGAGGACAAGCAAAGAAGUGAGGAAACGUGUCUACGUUUGCCCGGAAAAGACUUGCGUCCAUCAUCACCCCUCCAGAGCUCUAGGCGAUCUCACCGGAAUCAAAAAGCAUUUCUGCCGGAAACACGGCGAGAAGAAGUGGAAGUGCGAGAAAUGUGCCAAGAGAUACGCAGUCCAAUCCGAUUACAAAGCUCAUUCCAAGACUUGUGGAACUAGAGAGUACCGUUGCGACUGUGGCACCAUUUUCUCCAGGCGAGACAGUUUCAUCACUCAUAGAGCUUUCUGCGAUGCCUUAGCGGAAGAAACAGCUAAGAUAAACGCAGCGUCUCAUCUCAACGGUCUAGCCGCAGCUGGAGCCGCAGGAAUUAAUCUCAACUAUCAAUACCUCAUGGGAACACUCAUCCCACCGCUUCAACCAUUUGCACCGCAGACAAAUCAAAACCACAACCAUCAUUUCCCACAGCCACUUCCAUCGUCCUCGUCGUCUCUCUCCCUAUGGAUGGGACAAGACAUGGCACCGCCUCAACCGCAACCUCAAGACUACGAUUGGGUUUUCGGAAACGCUAAAGCUGCGUCUACAUGCAUUAAUAAUGAUAAUAUUAAUAAUCACGAUGAGCUCAUCACACAAACCGCAAACGCCAGCUCAACCACUACUACUACUCUCUCUGUCCCUUCUUUAUUCAGCAGCGACCAAACACAAAAUGCAAACGCUACAAACGUGAAUAUGUCCGCGACAGCGUUACUACAAAAGGCGGCUGAGAUUGGCGCCAAUUCGACAACGGUAACCGCAGCGACCAACGACCCCUCGGCGUUUUUUCAGAGUUUCCCGCUAAAAUCUUCCGACCAAACUACCACUUAUGACAGCGGCGAAAAGUUCUUCGCUUUGUUCGGAUCUAACAACAACAACAACAUUGGACUAAUGAGUCAUAGUCAUGAUCAUGAGACUGAGAGCGCUGGAAAUGGCGUUAUGGUUGCGUCUGCGAUGGAUGAACUACAGAAUUACCCCUGGAAACGUAGAAGAGUUGAUGGUGGAGGAGAUGGAGGUGGAGGAGGGCAAACUCGGGAUUUUCUCGGGGUCGGUGUACAAACGUUGUGUCAUCCAUCGUCUAUCAAUGGAUGGAUUUGA